AGUCCUAAGGAGAUGAAAGACCUAAAACACGUAGUGCUGGAUACUGGAGUUCUCUCUUGUGUUUGUAGUUUUUAAUAUUUUCUGUGGGAUUUGUGGAUUUAAAAAAACUUCCUGCUGGUUCAGCCCUUUUGAUUUUGUUGAGGAGAGGAAACCUAUUUUAAUCUUCUUUAUUUUUCUAUUUAUUAUUUCGGGUCAAGAUUAAUACUUUUACAACAGCCAGAUGGUGAGUCAGACAGCCAUGCGAGGCCAGCGUGGGGCGGAGAGCGAGUGCAGGUGCUGGAACCCGGCCGUUUGGCUCCUGGUGUCCCUGCUGGCUUCCUUUGUGUUGGUGCCGCUCGGCUUGCUGAGACUAGGCAUGAAGAUAAACAAACGAACUCUAAGCAGCAACACGAUGCAAACCUUCGAGAGGAUGCAGUACCAAGUCCAACUGGUGAAUGGACGCACCAGGUGCGAGGGCAGAGUCGAGGUGCUCUACAACGGCUCGUGGGGCACGGUGUGCGACGACGACUGGGACAUGGUGGACGCCAACAUCGUGUGCCGGCAGAUGGGAUGCGGGGUGGCCGUCGCCGUGGGCAGCAGCUCUCAGUUCGGACAAGGCACGGGACUCAUCGCGCUGGAUAACGUGGACUGCCGGGGAAACGAGGCAGACCUGAGUCAGUGUCGCAGCCUGGGCUGGGGCGUCCACAACUGUUACCACUAUGAGGAUGUGGGAGUUACCUGUAGAGAACCUGUGCUCUUGGGGGCAAGAGGGUUUGCAGAGCCCACAACACCCACGGUCAAGUCUGGAUUACGCGAUGGCACUGUCCGCGUGGUGAAUGGCAUGAACUCCUGCCAGGGUCGGGUCGAGAUCUACUACCAAGGAAGCUGGGGGACGGUGUGCGACGACGACUGGGGGCUGCGCAACGCCAUGGUGGUGUGCCAGCAGCUAGGCUGCGGCAGUGCGGUCUCUGCCCACACCAACUCCUACUUCGGCUACGGCACCGGGCUCAUUCUCCUCGACAACGUCAACUGCUACGGCAACGAACAGGAGCUGAUGAGGUGCAAGAGCCUGGGCUGGGGAAAGCACAACUGUGGACACCAUGAGGACGCCGGGGUCACCUGCACUGGUACGAUGCUCUAAGUUAUGUUGGACAGUAAAGUUAUUCAGAUCAUUUUUUUUCCUUUCUUUCCUUCAGUCACAGAGAGAAUUUCAACUACGAAGCCUACAACAACUACAACAACUGUAACCACGACUACCCAAACCAAAGGCAAACCGACCGUCCGUGUGAUGAACGGCAACAGCAGCUGCCAGGGUCGCGUGGAAGUCCUCUACAAAACCAUCUGGGGGACGGUGUGUGACGAUGACUGGGACAUGCCCAACGCCAACGUGGUGUGCAGAGCGCUCGGAUGUGGUCCGGCCAUCGCAGCCAAGACCCAGGCCUUCUUCGGCUACGGUUCAGGCCCCAUCCUGCUGGACAACGUGGAGUGCACCGGCACAGAAUCCGACCUGUCCCAGUGCUUCCACCUGGGCUGGGGUCAACACAACUGUGGUCAUCACGAGGAUGCUGGCGUCAUCUGUGCACCUCCCCCACAGUUGGACCCCUUGUUUUUAAUCCCAAUCGCACGAGACUUCCGGGUGACGGAACAAACACCAGCAACCACGAAGCCUGCAGAAGGAGCUCUGAGGCUGGUGGACGGCCAGCACCGGUGCGAGGGUCGAGUGGAGUUGUACCUAAACUCGACGUGGGGCACGGUGUGCGAUGACGCCUGGGACCUUCCCGACGCCCGGGUCGUGUGUCGCUUGGUGGGCUGUGGAGAAGCCACGCACGCAUGGGGCGAGGCUCACUUUGGACCUGGCACAGGAACGAUCCUUCUGGACAAUCUGAAGUGCAGCGGCACGGAGGCCUCCCUGCAGCAGUGCUCCCAUAUAUCUUGGAACGUGCACAACUGCAAUCACUCCGAGGACGCCGGUGUGACCUGCUCCCUGUCAUGAUCGCAGCGUGACCUCGCUCCCAUCUCCAGCUCUGCUUGGACUUGUACACAUUAUGUAAAUACCAACCUUCACGUCGUCGAAGGAGUACACCAUGCAAUAAUAUAAUAUACACAGUAAAGUUAUAAAUAUUAAGCACUUUAUAAAUAUAUGAUAUGAAGCUAAAUGUACACAUUUCGGCAAAGCUUUUAACUGUUUUUUUUUGUGCUAAUAUUUACUAUAUUUGAUCCAAGUAUUCAAGUAAGUCCAUAAGUCUGUUGAAGACAUUGAAGGAAGAAUUAGAGAUAUGACAAAUGUAUGAUAAAAGUACAAAUGAAAGACUUGGUACUGUAUGCUAUAAACCAGAAAAAUACAAAACGCUUUGUCUUGUGAAUUUAUGAAGUAUAUAUGCAAUCUUUGUGUUCUGCACACCCUCAUAAAUAAAUGUAACUAAUAAUCAUUUAUAUAUAUA